AAUAUCAAAGCAGGCGACAUGUUGAUUUUUUUCUAUAGGUUCUGUGAAGCCGAUACGGAUCCGCUGUCAUUGCUACAAAAUGUCUUUGUAGAUAUCAGGGUGUAGGUCAUUUAAUUGUACACUUAUUAACCAAUUCGUGCUAAUUAUCGUAUGUAAAACGUAUCGUAAAGAAAAAGAAGAGGAUCAACUCCACCCGAGAGAGGGGUGUGUAUGCAGUGAUAGACGGAUAUAGAUUUGUAUCAAAAUAAUUCGAAGCUAUUUAUAAAUAUUAUUUUCUCGGCAUUUACUUAUGUUCAAACGUUAAUAGUAACGUCUGGUCUAUAAUUAAACCGUGAAAGUUUAUAAAUAUUACGGUGUUAAAUGGUGGAUGUGCUAGUAGGUUCAGUCUGUUAGUGCGAACGGUUGCCAUUUUUUCGCUUGGAUAUAAUCCCGUGCAGUGAUAUCGGGGCGGCUGCGGCGAGCGCAAGGCGGCGCUCGGGGGUGAGGCCGCGGCGCGAGUGCUCCCUGUGAAGUGCUGUGGUGGUUUUCAGGUAGAGAUGCAACUAGUGUCAGUGAAGUCGAGAUAAUAGACGUGCGUGUCGUGUGUCCGUGGUGAGAGAGAUGCGGGCGCAGUGAGGGGCCAGGGCGACACCACGGCUUCGUCAGUGGCGGGUGGCGCGCGGGGAGCCGAGUCUCCUUCGCAGGCCAACCAGGACGCGGUGGACAACGCCACGCCCACCUGCUGGUGGGCGGCGUGGUCCGCGAUGGGUUGCUUCGGCUCGCCGGGCGGCAAGAGCAGCGAUGGGGACGACAUCAAGAAGCAGAAACGGCGCAGCGACGCCAUCACCAGGCAGCUGCAGAAGGAUAAGCAGCUAUAUCGCGCGACUCACCGGCUGCUGCUGCUCGGCGCCGGCGAGUCCGGCAAGUCGACCAUCGUGAAGCAGAUGCGCAUUUUGCACGUGAACGGCUUCUCGGACAAGGAGCGCCGCGAGAAGAUAGAGGACAUCAAGAAGAACAUACGCGAUGCGAUACUUACGAUCACCGGUGCAAUGAGCACCCUGACACCGCCCAUACCGCUGGAGAAGCCAGAGAACAAGGCGCGCGUCGACUAUAUACAAGACGUGGCGUCCCAACCGGACUUCGACUACCCGGCGGAGUUCUACGAACACACCGAGGCGCUGUGGAAGGACCUCGGCGUGCAGCGCACCUACGAGCGCAGCAACGAGUACCAGCUCAUCGACUGCGCCAAGUAUUUCCUGGACCAGGUGCAUAUAAUAAAGCAACCGGACUACACGCCCACCGAGCAGGACAUCCUGCGUUGUCGCGUGCUCACCUCGGGCAUAUUCGAGACUCAGUUCGUUGUCGACAAAGUCAAUUUCCACAUGUUCGACGUGGGCGGGCAGCGCGACGAGCGGCGCAAGUGGAUCCAGUGCUUCAACGACGUCACCGCCAUCAUCUUCGUCACGGCCUGCUCCUCCUACAACAUGGUGCUGCGCGAGGAUCCCACGCAGAACCGCCUGCGGGAGUCGCUCGACCUCUUCAAAAGCAUAUGGAAUAAUAGAUGGCUGCGCACGAUAUCCGUGAUCCUGUUCCUGAACAAGCAGGACCUGCUGGCGGAGAAGGUGCUGGCGGGCAAGUCGCGGCUGGAGGAGUACUUCAGCGAGUUCGCGCGCUACCAGACGCCGCCCGACGCCGCGCCCGACGCGCGCGACCCGCCCGACGUCGCGCGCGCCAAGUACUUCAUACGCGACGAGUUCCUCCGCAUCAGCACGGCGAGCGGCGACGGCAAGCACUACUGCUACCCGCACUUCACCUGCGCCGUCGACACCGAGAACAUCAAGCGCGUGUUCAACGACUGCCGCGACAUCAUCCAGCGCAUGCACCUGCGCCAGUACGAGCUGCUCUAACCGCCGACACGCCCUGGCCCGAAACACCGCCGCACACAUACACCGAUGAAGCGAGGCGCGGGCGCGUAGUGGCGGACGCGGCGUGCGGUCGCGUCGCUGCGCCCGCGCUCGUCCAGCGUCGCCCACUGUGAUCUCUCACGCAAACACCACGUUUGAUUCGUUUGCGAUCCGUUUAUAUAUCAUACUUAUAUCACCUGGUAAGAUAUCUAAUGUCUUAUAUAAGUUGCCAAUAGUAUGUCGCGUCCUUACACGUAUUGCAACUAUUUUGUUAUAUUAUUUAGAUGAUUAUUACGUGCUUUUUAAUUCUACUUGUGAAGUAAUAAUCGGAAACGAAUCAAACAUCGAUAAGCGCUCAAUGCACUCCCAAUGGUGUUUCCGAACGUCCGGGUUAUCGCGAUGCUGGCAACUUAACGCGAAAACAUCGCUGCUUUUUUAAUUUAUUUUUAUUUUCGUCAGCAAUGACUAUGAAUUUUUAUAGUGAUAUCGACUUCCCGAUUUUGAAAUUGGGAGUAUUCGUGACUUAGAGGAUUAUAUAUUUUACGUGCAAUAUGAUUUUGAGCGCAAUAUUAUGAUAAUAAAACGGUACUUUUGUUAAAAUGCAGCACCUAAAGCUAUGUUGUCGACACUGAAUAGUGAUGUCACAUCAUUUAAAUUAUCGAUAUUGAGAUAUCGAAAUUUCAUUAAUACUGGUCAUAAAUGGCCACAUCGGUCUGGUAAUAAAAUGAACGGAUGUUCCAGCAAUACAAUCGACGAAUUGAAUAAGUGUGUGACAAAAUUAUCAUGCUAGGGGUGUUCCAGAUAUUCGACAUUUAGUGAAUGAGUGUUCGACAAUUAAAAGGAAUGUGUCGUGGUUAGGGCGUCGCACGGCGCGCCGACGAGCGGUGUCGAUAGUCGAUACACUUUUAUAUUAAGGAUCAUCGAUGUUCAUCGGUUUAUCGAGGCUAGUUCAUAGUAUUCCUUUCUGUAUCUCCGUAGAAGAAGCAGGCUUUUAACAAUACGCGUUAAGCUAUAUUUUUUGUUAUUAACAAUGCAUAUCAAAUAAUCGAUUGCAAGCAUGUUUACGCUCAAAUUAGGCAAUUUCCCCCGUUCUAUUUAUUUAAAUAACGUCCAAAUAAGCCGCACACAAAUUAGUGAAUUAUACAUUGUUUUGUAUAGCUGUUUCUCGUAACAUUGUUUCUGUAUAUUUUUGAGUACAGAUUUUCUUUAAGAUCGUUCUUUACUAAUUAUAAUUUUAUUUCUUUUUUAAUAGGUUAUAUUUUAUUUUUGUUUUUACGAACUGUCUUCCAUAAUUAUGUUUAGUUGUUAAUUGUUUUACUGGUCGAUGUAACAGCUACGUUUAUAUUUAGCACAAUUUAUUUGACUAAAGUGAAAAAAAUAUUGAAAAAAUGUUAACAAAAAUGGAGUGUUUUGCUGUAGGUAACUUAGGUUAUACAUAUGAGCUUCUAGUUUUAUUGUAAGGCCCAAAGAUGAGAGUUAAAAUGUCGUAUUUGAUGCGAUUAAGCGAAUAUAUAUGUUUAGCAGUAUUUCACAUUUUUUAUUUUCAAAGAUUCUAUAAUAUUUUUUUCGAGGACACGUGUUUUUAGCCUUAAGUACAAACUGUUACUAACAUAUUCGCAUUAUUAACUUAGUGGAUAUUUAUAAAAUUGGUUUAUGUACUUACAAUACGCUAUUUUAAGUGAAUUUGAUCUAUAUCUAUCGUUAUUAUGAUGAAUCUUAUGAUUAUUUUGGUUUUUAGUUAUUGCAUAGUGGAUAUGUGUUUUAUUUUCUUGUUUUAAUAUAUUUAGAGGCGUUCGUGAUGUCGACGAAGCUGUUGGUUUAUAAUCGCAUCACUGACGCUUGAAUUGAACAACUAAUAAAUUAUUGUUAUAAUAUUUUGUUUAUGUUAUCCGUAUAUGGUCCUUAAUAUAAGAAUGAUGGAUUUUUCAUGUGCCAUAUGUAUAAGUUGGCGGAAACACCAUGUUACCAUAAUUAUCUCGAUUCUGAAUUGCGAUUCCUUCCUAUAAUGUGUAAAGUAACAAAUCGCUAUAUUUUGCUUUCUAAUAGUAACACUUCUCGUUAUUUUUCUUUAAAUAUAACUAUAUUGAAAUUGUAUUUUUCUUUUUUUUUUGUGUAAGGUUAAGUUACACUUUGAAUGUAAGUAGGGAAGAAUAUAACGUACAUUUUAAUACAUAAUAUGAAUAUAUGUUAAAAUCAUUCGCUCAGUUGCGUCCGGAGGUCGUCCUGCACAUGUUAUUUUAUAUCGAAUUUACACAUUUCACUUUUAUAUAUCCUCAAACAGUUUAUACAAGAUGUAAACAAUGGUUUCGUAAAUCUAUCAUAUCACUUAAGUAUUACACGUCGAUAAAUAGUGAACACUAUUGGGGUAAUAUCCUCUCGAUAGCACAAACUCCUGCGCAAACGCAUCACUAUCAAUUUAGGUUACAAUAGUUGUGAAUAUCGAUACUCGCAUUAUCGAUUCGAUAACUGCACUGCUCAAAUAUGGAAUACGAUUUCCAGCCACUUCACUUUAAAGUACUUACAAAAACUAAUAAUUUACGGAAAUCAUGUAUUUUUUAGGAAUUUUAGAAAUUCUACUUUUUGACUGUUUUUUCAGACGACCUCCAGUCACAAAAUUCAUUAUAGGCAUACAUUGUGUAAUUAAAAUUAACAUGGCAUCUUUAAUACUUAUUGUAUAUGUAACUUAAAAAGUAAAACUAUUCGGUAGCUAUAUAAGUAAGUUUCAGUGUCUGGACUUCAGGCGGGCGAGGAAACGGCAGAGUUUAGCGAACAGUGUAAAAAUAUCGAAAAUAAAAACAGCUAUGACUAAAGUCAAACGGUCAUUCAGCAGUCAACAGUCAUUCCCAGUCCUUUAUCGAUAUUAAAUAAUAUCGAUAAAAUUGUCCAACUGUUCGCUAUCAAUAAAGUCGGUUACCAAAAAGCCCCCGCCUAUUCGGGCGUAGCGGAACAAUACAGAAAGUCGUUUAUAAUAAUAAGUAGACUGCUGACGUUGUGAAAUCCCUCCCUCUGUUCAUAUCGAUGACGUUAUUCCGGGUCUCUAAGGGCUUGGUUUUAACAUGUUCCCAUUGCCGAAUUCGAUAGAUAUUGCAUAUUUCCGUUCUACGCAAUAUUGGUGAACAUAUUUUUAGUUGUUGAUAUCGAUAACUAUCCGUGAUUUUUUUGCGAUUAACGAAAUAAGGCUCAAUAUUUAACGGAUUUUGGUUAAAUAAUGUUUAGUGAAUAUCGAUUCGAUUUUGUCAUGUCUGUCGAAUUCGAUAAUCGAUCGGCUGGUACAGACCCCGACCCCGGCCCGCGCCCCCCACUAUCCACCCCUCUACGAUUUAAGUGAACGCAAUAACAAGUGAGUCAUGUAAUAUGUAUAAAGGUAGCUUAGAAAAUAAUUUUCUAUGUUUUUCGAUAUUUAGACAAAAUAAUGCCUGUGUCGUGAUGUAUUGGGAGGUGGCCGGUACGCCCGCGCAGUACAUCUCUAGCGUAGUGUUUACGGUACUUUGUUUCGCGCGAUCGGAUCAUUGACUAGUAGAUAUGUAACGUCCGUUGCCAAUAACCAAAUAGUAUUGAACGAUUCCUCCUUUUUUAAAUAUAUCUUCAUAGCAGAUAAGUGUAUGUACGUGCGCACAAUAUGUGAGAGUGGUGUCGAGUACAGUUUUGUUCACACAAAGCGCAGCGCGUGCUGCAAAUAUUUUUGGUAAUGUUUUACCUGUCUCGUCUCUCGGCCCGGUCUCAGUAGAGGUACGUCGGUGGCAUUUAAUUAGUGCUCAUAGUGUACUCUCCGUUGUAGCACGGCCUGUAUCGUUCUCUCGACUCGUAUCGUUCCGUAGGCCGUUUGUUUUUGUAAUCUAUAGUGGCGUAUGUUUUGUAGCCUAGCUGAUGACACUUUGUUUAGAACCUAUUCCAGGUCGCACGUUAGACACUGAAUUCAUUGCCGACGGACUGCGGAUUGCGGUGUAUUUACUCUUAAUACCUACGUUUAAAUAUAUAUUAAAAAUCUAUAUUUUUAACAAAUUUAAUUUUAAAUAAUAUACCUAAUUAAUGAAAUUCCUAAAGAUAAAAAAGAAAUUUUUAAUAUUUAUGUGUAUAAGUAGUGUGUACUGCGAAGUGAUUAUAAAAUAACAAACGCUUAUAAUUUUCAUAGUCUCCACAGAUUCGUGCAGAGUAUGUAUAAUUUACUGUCCAUGAAUAAUUAAUCUAUAACUGAUGUGUACAAAAAUCAGUAUGUUUCAGGCAUUUUGAAUCCGACUUAAUGUAUGUAAAAAUAAAUGUUGUUUUAAA